GAUCUACUGGAGUAGAUGCAGCGGAUCACAGAGCUUGACCCAGGUUCCGGACGCCACGGCUGAAGCUGGAGCCACCGCGUUCUACAAACAAAUCACUCACGUGUGCAACAAGACAAACAACAAACGGGCGUUUUUAGCUUGUUUGGCUUUCAAUAGGUGUGUGUGUUUGAAGGUGAGUGAGUGUGAGAUCUCGCGCGAACGAGAAAGACGCCAACGGUCGCAUAAAGAACUGAUCAAGAUCAAGAGCCGUUUUCAAUAGUUGGAAUGGGUUCGUGAUGUAAUGUUCAUUUUCAUUCACAAAAACGAAUAGAAGCCGGUCGUUUUGAGCUGAGAAUUUAGUAGGAUCAAUUACAAAGUGCUGAUACUAAGAAGUAGACACUCAAAUACUGAAAAUAACACGCUCUAAACAAGGAAGCAUAUUGCGUGACGAUGCGAUCGGCACGCAUCACCCUCCGAAACGGUCAUCGAACCCAAACGGUACACGAACCCAAGUGGCACUGCAGUUUGAGAACAAAGAUGGUGUCUAUAUUUAAACACCCGCAGGUCCUUACCUUCACAUCAGAACUCAAGUGCAUCCUGUACAAGCAACGCUAGUCCUUUGGAAGAGCAUCCAGAACGAUCCUCACAAUGAUCACACUAACGUUGGCAGCAUUGGCGCUGAUUUUGCUGGUAGCAUUUCUCGUGAAGGAACUAUGGCGUCCAGCAAACUAUCCUCCGGGUCCGAGAUGGUUGCCGAUCGUGGGGAAUACAUCACUGAUACGCAGGAUGGCCUCCCAGCAUGGCGGACUGUUGGCGAACGUGUUCGAUAAGCUGUCGGAAUCGUACCAGAGCAGUGUGAUAGGCUUGAAGCUGGGCCGUGAGCGUGUGGUGGUGGACCUGGGAUACGCUGAAGUGAAGGACAUUCUCUGCAACGAAGCGUUCCAGGGUCGACCGGACAAUUUCUUCAUUCGGUUGCGUACAUUGGGAACAAGAUUGGGCAUCACCUGUACGGAUGGAUCGUUCUGGAACGAGCAGCGAAGCUUCGUCACACGACACCUCCGCCAGGUGGGCUACGGACGGCAGGCGAUGCACGAACAGAUCCAAACCGAGCUGACCGAACUGCUGGACGUGUUGGACAGCCGUGCGGAGCAACCGCUCUGGCCAGGAUCGAUCCUCGCGCUCAGCGUCAUCAACGUGCUGUGGACGAUCGUGACUGGCUCUCGAGUGGCCCGAGAAGAUGAUCGAUUGCAGCGACUGCUCGAGUUGCUUCAGGAACGCUCAAAAGUAUUCGACAUGGCCGGUGGAACCUUAAACCAGCUGCCCUGGUUGCGUUUCAUCGCCCCGGAAUGGAGCGGCUACAAUCUGGUACGUCGUUUCAACAAGCAGCUGACCGAGUUCUUCUAUCCCACGAUCGAGGAGCACAAAGGAGACUUUAGCGAGGACAAAGCAGUGGACGAUCUGAUCUAUGCGUACAUCAAGGAAAUGCGGGACCGGGAAGGAACCUCCAACAAUGGCAACAACUUCACUGAGGUGCAGCUGACGAUGAUCAUCCUGGAUAUAUUCAUCGCCGGUGGACAGACGACGAGUGCCACGCUUGAUCUCGCGCUCAUGAUGAUGAUCGUUCAUCCGGAAGUGCAGGACAAGGUGCAUCGGGAGAUUGAUAGUCAGCUGGAGCCCAACGCCAUCCCUCAUUAUGACGAUCAGCUGAAGUUGCCGUAUGUUGAGGCAUUCCUGCUGGAAGUCCAACGUUACUUUAGCAUCGUUCCGGUGAAUGGACCAAGACGAGCAGUCGUUGACUGUACACUGGGCGGGUAUCGAGUACCAAAGGACACGACCGUGCUGAUGGGACUGCGCAACGUGCACAUGGAUCCGGAGCAUUGGGGCGAUCCGGAAGUGUUUCGACCGGAACGGUUCCUGGACGAGCAGCGGCAGAUCGUCAACACGGAACGGUUGCUGCCGUUUGGACAGGGCAAGCGACGGUGUCUGGGGGAAACGUUGGCACGCUCGUGUCUGUUUACGUUCUUCGUGGGUGUGAUGAAGCGUUUCUGUCUGGUGGGGACGGACGAAGGGUCGGAGGAUGGCACGAGUAUGGCACCGUCGUUGACGCUGAAGCCAGGAAUCACUCUAUCGGCGAAACCGUACCAUGUGGUGUUUCAGCCGAGAAAGCGAACGUAGUUGGAAGAUUGAGCUGUACAUUUCCAGCUGUCCCAUAAUUCAACAAGCCAUCCACUACAACCCUGACUAAUCCGUCCUCUCUUGAUAUGAUAAGUCGCGCGAUGGUUCUGCCGGACUAUGAGGGAUGAAAUGGACAUUUGUACAGUACAUAUACGCUACCAAAAU